AUUCACAAUUUUAUCUUAUACUAAACAGUGCGGUUUGAGCUUGGGCGGUUUCGAACAAAUUCAAAUUCUCAGAACACUCAUCGGAUCCGAAAAUGGACGGAAACCCUAAACGAGAAUGGUCCCUCAACGACUUCGAGAUCGGAAAGCCUCUCGGAAAAGGCAAAUUCGGCAGAGUCUACGUCGCCAGAGAAGUCAAGAGUAAAUUCGUGGUUGCAUUGAAGGUUAUUUUUAAGGAACAGCUUGAGAAGUACAGAAUUCACCACCAGCUGAGGAGGGAGAUGGAGAUUCAGUUCAGCCUGCAGCACCAGAACGUGCUUCGUCUCUACGGUUGGUUUCAUGACUCGGAGCGCGUCUAUUUGAUUCUCGAAUAUGCUCACAAUGGGGAGCUUUACAAGGAGCUUAGCAAAAAAGGGCAUUUUAAUGAGAAGCAGGCUGCAACGUGUCAAGGUUUUGGAGGUCUCUGCAAUCGCAGUGCGACUGCAUUGUAUAUUUUAAGCCUCACAAAGGCAUUGGCAUAUUGUCAUGAGAAGCAUGUUAUCCACAGGGAUAUCAAGCCUGAAAAUUUGUUGCUUGACCAUGAGGGUCGUCUUAAGAUUGCAGACUUUGGUUGGUCUGUACAGUCUCGAAGCAAAAGGCAUACUAUGUGUGGAACCUUGGAUUAUUUAGCACCCGAAAUGGUUGAAAACAAAGCUCAUGAUUACGCAGUUGAUAACUGGACUCUGGGUAUCCUUUGCUAUGAGUUCCUUUAUGGUGCUCCUCCAUUUGAGGCUGAGAGUCAAGUUGAUACCUUCAAAAGGAUAAUGAAAGUUGACCUAAGUUUCCCUUCUACUCCUAAUGUUUCUUUAGAAGCCAAAAAUCUUAUUAGUCGACUGCUGGUAAAAGACUCUUCACGAAGGCUCUCACUUCAGAGGAUAAUGGAGCAUCCUUGGAUAACCAAGAAUGCAGAUCCCAAGGGUGUCUGCAACUAGUGUAAACUUUUUGUAGAGGAAUUAGAGCUGAAUUUUUCAUCUGAUAUUGCAAUGUAAUGAAAUAUUUUUUAAAAUUUUCAGAAUUCUAAUCUAUUAUCAACUUGAACGACACUGUCCAUUGCUAUGGGGAUUAGGAAGGUUACGAAUGUGCAGAAUUGUUAGUGGCUUUAAGAAUUCUCUGUUGUGGUGACAAUAUUGUAUAUACAGAAUCAUAUUUGUACAUUCAGAGUUUCAAAAUUAAUUUCAUAUCAUAGCACGUGACAUUCUA